AUGGAGUCUUUCGCACUGGUAUUUUAUUCUCGUAGCAAGGAUACAGACGUUGUGUCUACUGAUGAUAUCAUUGGGGACCUCGCUGUCGGAGUGCAAACAAGAGUUCUGGUGAAAGGGAAAACUUAUGCAGCAAAGAUUCUUUGCAUGGGGGAUAAGGAAUAUUGUGAAAGGAAGUUGGACUAUGUAACGAAGGACGGGGUUCUCGAAAACCCAAAUUUUCGGGUUUGCGACGGUACAUUGGGGAAUGAAAUGGAAGCGGGGUGCCCCACAGACAAGGAAUUGUUGAGAAAACUGAGCGCCUCCAUGGACGAGGUCCUCAGCCGUCUAACUCGCCUGGAAACCGAAAUGGCGAGAAAGGACCUCCAGCUCGAAGCUGCUCAGCUGCAGCAGAGGGGCUGGAGUGCCUUAGGCGAGUUGAGGGCCAACGUCCAGGAGGUGCUCAAAAGAGUUCCCAAGAGAACCGAGAGCGAAGAGGCUCUGGCGUUCGAUUAUGCCUCCGCUAAGUUUCUGGAAAGUCUCCGGAAAUUGUGCGGAGGCAACGUGAACAAGUUCGCGCUGGAGCUGGAAAAAAAGGUUUAUGAAGGCGACACGGCGGAACUGAUUCUCCCAUUGGAAAAAAGAAUUCAGUCCGCCACAAAGGUGGAGUUUAUCAAAGAGUGCAUUUUUAAAUACUAUAUGGUGCCUGUGGAGGCGCGGCAAACUGUUUGGAGGACCGCUAAGAACGCACUCAAUUCUAGAGUGCGAAGACUGAAGAGCGCCACCGGCGGGACGCCAUCAAGAAGAGCGGCUCUCUUUGAGGUAGAGUCGCCGCAGGCACAAGAACCCUCGCCCUAUGAGUUCGUCGACGACUGA